GCGGAGGAGGCGGACAAGAAGAUGCCACUGUCGCCGCCACCUCAGGGCCACCACGCGGAGUCCAGUCCAUCCAGGACCCCCAAGAAACACACCCCUUUCCAUAUCUGGCGCUCCAAGAAGAAGCAGCAGCCUCUGCCGUCUGACUGUGGGGUGUUCGUUCCGCACCCGCCCCCGGCGCCCCUCUGCGAGGCCAGAGCUUUGGAGGUAGUGGAUGGAGGCCAUGUGGCUCCAGAGUGCCAGAGAUUUGCAUUGCAUGGUGGGGAAUCCCAGCUCCUUCACACCACAGCUGAGGUGCCUCGCCCUUUACCUCUGGAACCUGGAAUGUUUAAAAAGUCCAGAGCACAACCACCUGAAGAAAACAAAAGGAAGCCAGUUUUGGGGAAACUUGGCAAUCUGUUCACGGCUGGAAGGAGAAGGACCAGCAGAAACGGGUUAGAGAGUCCCACCAGCUCCAGUGCCAAAUCAGUGCCUUGCAAAGAUGUAACCUCUUCCAGACUCCCGGAAAGAGAGAAUAAGAGUAAAGCCCAGGGCAGCCAACCAAAGCAGAAAGACACGUGCGAGCAGGGUUCCCCGCAGCAGCAGCCCCGGGAGUCGGAGGAGCACGCCGAGACCCGCGUGCGGGUAGCGCCCCCCGACGCCGAGCUGUCACCUUGCACGAGCGGCCGCGCGGCGGCUGGGCAGCAGCGCCAGGAGAGUGAUUCACUCCAAUUAGAACCUCUGGAGGCAGAGGGAGAGUCUUUCCCAGGUGCCACCACCGCUGCCAAGCAGCUGCAUUCCCCACUUGAGAAUUCCUCCAGGCAAGGGAACGCAGAGACGCCGGCCGGCAGUCCGCAGGAGGACGCUUGCCCCCGCGCCGGCUGCGAGCCGGAGACAGCUCGGGGUGCGAGGGGUGUGCCGGGGUCGCCCACCGGGGAGCGGCCCGCGGGGGGGCGAGGCGAGGCCGCUGACAGAGCCCCCCGUGUGUGUGCCGGGGCAGGCUCUCUGGAGCCCCAAGACGCGUGCCUCCGGCCCCCCGAGGACGCGUCCGCUCCGCCAGGUGACCCUCGGGCAGAGGGCGAGGGGACUUGUUCCGACUCGGCGCAGGCAGACGGCAAAGCCGGGCCCCGAGGGCUGCAGGGCCUGCCCGGCGAGCGCGCCCACCCCGCCACCGUGUUCACUUUGGACAUCUACUUGAGCAAGACUGAGGUGGCACAGGUGGACGAGCCGGGCGCGAUUACUCCAGGCGCAGAAGACUGCGGCGAUUCUGACGAUAUGGAGAAGAGGUCGGGCGGCCGCAGGUCGGGCCGGCGGAGAAGGUCGCAGAAAUCCACCGACUCCCCCGGGGCGGACACGGCGCUACCCGAGAGAGCGGGCGGCGACGACGCGGUGUUCGACUACGAGGUGGCGCCAAACGCGGCCACGGAGAACGGCUCCGCGGAAAAGAAAGUGAAAUCUCCGCGGGCUGCCCCCGACGAGGGCGUUGUCUCCGCUGCGGGCGCGGAGUCCAAGUCCAGCCCCGGUUCCAAGGGGCCGCUCCGCGGGGAGUCCGACCGGGGCAAACAGACGCCGCCGGCCUCGUCCCCCACCAAGAGGAGGGGCAAGAGCCGCGUCCCCGAGGCCGCGCCCACCUCGCCUGCCCACGGCCCUCGGGCUCCCGCCAAGGAGUCCCCCCCAAAGAGGGCGCCAGCGCCCGAUCCCACCGCCAAGGGCGCCGCGGGGGACGACGGGGAGGAGGCGGCCCGGGUAGUCCCCCGCGAGCUCACCGUCAAGAGCAGCUCGCUGCUGCCAGAGAUCAAGCCCGAGCACAAGAGGGGCCUGUUCCCCAACCACUUCGACAGCCGGGGAGAAGGUAGUCGAAGCAAAGAGCUGGGCAGAUCGGCCGGUGGUUCUGACGCGGACGGCUUGAAGCCCAGGCACCAUUUCGGGGCGGGCAGGUCGACAGUGACCACUAAAGUGACCCUCCCGGCCAAGCCCAAACAUGUGGAACUAAAUCUUAAAACUCCUAAGAAUCCUGACAGUUUGGGAAAUGAGCAUAAUCCAUUUAGCCAGCCAGUUCAUAAAGGAAACACUGCCAACAAAAUCUCCUUAUUUGAAAACAAACGGGCCAACAGUAGCCCAAGACAUGCUGACAUUCGAGGCACAAGGAACACUCCUACCUGUAAUAAAAACUUUGUCGGGAGGGCGAAGCUGAAUUUAACCAAAAAAGCCAAAGAGAUGGAGCAAUCUGAAAAGAAAGUAAUGCCAGAUAGUCACCAGAAUGGUAUGCUGGUGAAGGAAACCUCGCCAGAAUCCAAAGUUACGGAGGAGGAGAUCCCGCCAGCAGCCGGGAGCCCCAGUGCAGGAGGGAUGGAGGCUGAGCCUACCGAGGGUCCAGCUCUUGGUUCUCCGCUUAACCAGGGUGAUAGAGCAGAAGUGCAAACAGAUGCUGGCUGCCCUUCCAAAGCAGUGGUCACUGCUCUGAUUACUGUGGACCACAAGCCCUUAGGAGAGGAUGACUCAAAGGCUGCAGACAGCAAAAGACUUGCACUCGAAAAUAUGACUGAUCCAGCACAGGCUGUUCCCGCCAUUCUUGAUACCAAAGAUUCCCCUCCAACAGCCAGACCAAAGCCACAGGAUACAUUUUCUGACUCACAGCCCCCAUCUGAGUCACCUAACGGGCCUUUUCUCUCACAGCCCUCACCCAAAGACACACGUGUUCAAGCUCCCGGAAGCAAUGUUCCAUGCACUGAUCUAGAAGUGUCAGAAAACCAUCAUGAAUGUGUUCUGCCUGUGUCACAUAAGAAUGAGGAGAAAGGACCGCCCUCCAAACCCACAGGAGGAAGAGAAGGAGGAGCAGCGAGCCCUCCUCCUCUGUCCACAGAGCACAGCCCAGAAGCUGUGGGAAUGGAGCAUCCAUCCAAGGUCCUGGUCCAGGUCCGGUCCUUUGUGCACCCCAUGGAGAGCACCCAAGAUGUGGGCUCCCAGGUCAUCUCUGAGAGCUCUGAAGUUAGGGAAGCACAGUUGCCAAGCUGUCACAACCAUGACCUUGAAGUGGUUUCUGUUGCAAGCUGUGCUCCCCAGAAAGAGGAAGGGCUGGGCAGUGAGAGCCCCUCACCAAAGCACAUUCAUUGCGAAGAGGAACAUGCAACAAAAUCUGGCCCACAAGUCAUGCCACCAGAAUCUGAGAAAGCUCUGCCUAUAUGGGCUCGAAGUCAGGGCGAUAGAAAACCCCUGAAGGCUGACCCUGGCAGCAGAGAUCAUUUGGAAACUCCUCAAAGGCCAGAUCAAAAUGUUGUGAAUGGCCAGGCCAGCCCUGCCAGUCUUUUGAACAUUUCUGCGGGUAGUGAUGACAGUGUAUUUGAUUCUUCUUCGGAUAUGGAAAAAUUCACCGAAAUUAUCAAAAAGAUGGACAGCACCGUCUGUGUGCCUCAGAAGAAAAAGAAGGCCAGGGUGCCCAACUCGCCUGCCCCUCCCUUUGUCAUGCCUCCGAUUCAUGAGGACAAUUUAGAAAAGGUGUUAGAUCCCAAUGUGUUUACCUUUGGUUUGGGGAAGAAGAAGGAAAGCCAGCCAGAAAUGUCACCAGCUUUACAUCUGAUGCAGAACCUUUACACAAAAUCCAACCUGAGGCCCAAACGCACAUCCACCGAGCAGAGUAUCCUCUUCAAGUCCUCGUACACUCACACUAAUGGGAAAGAUGAACCUUCGACGGUUGCGGAGACAAAUGACAAAGAGAACAAAGAUGUCCCCAGUGGCGGAGUCAAGAGAUCCAGGCUAGAAAAAAGUGCACUCUUUUCCAGCAUGCUGCCUUCUUUACCACAAGACAAAAUCUUUUCUCCCUCUGUGACAUCAGUCAGCACCAUGACCACAUCUUUCAGCACUCCUCAGAACACUUCUCUUUCUCGGGCUUCGGCGUUACCGCCCAGGGCUGAGGGUGCCCCGCCCUGCGGUGCAGACAAAGAGCAGCCAAACCUUCCACCCAGCAACGUAAAGGUCUUCAACUUCAACUCGACAAAUGCAUCUCCUUCGGGUUUGAAAAGCGCAAGCUACAUGGAGAAAUACCUGCCCAAAGAGGAAACCAAAGAAGACCUGGGUUCACGAAGCAACCUACACUUGCCAGAUACCAAAUUUUCUGAAUUUUCUAAACUGAAGAACAGUGAUGAUCUGGAAAAGGCUAAUCGUGUAGAGAGUGUUCUUAAGCCGAACUUGCCAAACUAUGGAAAUAGCGACACAGACUUCAUGAGUCUUCUCAAAUCCAGCCGGUUUGACCCGAACAUGUCUUUUUCUGCAAUGUCAUUAUCAGAUACAACCACAUUUAGAGGAAGUCUUACAAAUAAAAUCAAUCCCCGACCUGGAAAGGUAGUGAUCUACAGGGACCCGGAUGUCUCUGAUGCGUGCAUUGAAGUUUUCAGUGACAUUGAGGAUUGCAGCUCUUGGAGCCUCUCUCCGGUGGUAAUCGUCAAGGUCGUCAGAGGAUGUUGGAUUUUGUAUGAGAAACCAAAUUUUGAAGGGCACUCCAUCCCCUUAGAAGAAGGAGAAUUGGAACUCUCUGGUCUCUGGGGUAUAGAAGAUGUUUUGGAAAGAAACGAGGAGGCAGAGUCUGCUAAGCCUGUGGUGAUUGGUUCAAUCAGACAUGUGGUCCAGGAUUACAGAGUUAGUCAGAUUGACUUAUUUACUGAACCGGAAGGGUUAGGACUCCUAAAUUCUUACUUUGAUGACACUGAAGAGAUGCAGGGGUUUGGUAUAAUGCAGAAGACUUGUUCCAUUAAAGUACAUUGGGGCACGUAA